AUGAGUGAGGACAGACACAAAUCGAACCGUGUACGAAUGUACCUCAGUGGUGCAGAGAAGCGAAAACGCGCAAAAGAUAAGAAGGAUGGCGAAAAAGUCGAAGUAAAUAAGUCGAAAAAGUUGUCUCACUUUUUUCCGCGUGUCAGUCAUGUGGACGGCUCGUGUAGUCAACAGCCUAGCACAUCGAAGGAUGCGCAGUCAGAUACUGGUGUGCUCAUAACAACCGGAAGUGCAGACAAAGUGGGAGUAGCCAAAGAGCAUGUAGAUGCUGAUAUAACUGAUGACCAAGAUGAUGGAUUUCAGAGCGACAUCGGACGAUGGCCGGUCCGGUCAUCACAACAGAUGGUCGAAUACUGGGUCAACAGAGGUUCCAGUUCGCUUAGGAACAUGAGUGGGCCGUUCGUUGCGUCGGUUAGAAGUGCGACCGGGCCCCAGGGUGAAGGUCACAGCGGCACUGUCAACCGAUUUUGCACAAAGAGUUUUUUCGAGAGAACACUUCCCAAUGGGGAAAUGGUCCCAAGAAGUUGGUUGUGCUACUCUCUUUCAACCUGCCACGUGUACUGUUUCGCUUGCAAGCUUUCAAAUAGCACUGGUAACUUGGCAACAGUCGGGUACGGAGAUUGGAAGCAUGCCAAACGCGAUCUAGAGCAACACGAGAGAUCCACAUCGCACUGCUGGAAUGUGAUUCAGCUGGCGAAACGAGCUUCUGCAUCCUGUCGUAUCGAUGAAAUUAUGAUCAGACAUGCCAACGAAGUUGAAUCGUACUGGUGCCAAGUUUUGAAACGAUGUGUGAGCGUGAUCAGCUUCCUGGCUGAGCGCGGUCUUGCAUUUCGCGGAACCGAUGAAAUCGUGGGUUCGCAUAACAAUGGAAAUUACCUUGGUCUUAUGGAACUGUUGGCGCAAUACGAUUCUUUCUUAGCUCAGCACGUCCAACAGCAUGCCAAUAAAGGUACUGGACACACAAAUUACUUGUCCUCAACCACAUGCGAGGAGCUUAUUGCGAUCAUGGGGACGCAUGUUCUAGAUAACAUUGUAGGUCGAGUCAAGGAGGCAAAGUACUUUUCAGUCACGGUCGACUCGACUCCGGAUGCCAGUCACGUUGACCAGCUAACAUGUGUGCUACGCUACAUGAAAAAUGAGACACCAGUUGAGCGUUUCGUGCACUUCUUCAAUAACGCUGGACACACUGGGCAAGAUCAGGCGAAUUCUCUGUUGAGAUUCCUCGAGGCUAACGGCAUCGAUAUUGCUAACUGUAGGGGGUCAGUCGUACGACAACGCUGCUAA